AUGACUACGCUGAAAACAACUACGCACGAUGGCGAGAACGACGACGGUGAUGACCUCGAUGUGGCUGCUGACAUCGAUGACGACUUAGACGACGAUCCCGAAGGCAGCGGCUGCGGCGGCAGCAAUGGUAUUGGUGAUAGUCUGACAUUAUUUUUUUCUUUUUCUAUAUUUUGCAGAAGUUUAAUGCCAAGAUCUGAAGAAGGUCAACUCACCAUCGAGAAAACACCGAGUUAUUUUAUAACGAAAGAUGUUCCUAGAAGAGUGUACCAGUUCUCCAAACAUCUCAAGUUGAUUGUGGUAGUGAGGGACCCCGUUACUCGGGCUAUAUCUGACUACACACAGGUGGCCAGCAAGAAGAUGGAUUCGCGUAGCUUCGAGGAAAUGGUGUUUGUUGAUAACACCACCCGUAUUGUCGACACCCAGUGGAGUCCUGUCCGUAUAGGAGUCUAUGCUAAACACCUGAAACAUUGGCUUCAGUAUUUCCCACUGGAACAAAUGCAUUUCGUGAGUGGUGAACGUCUUAUUGAAAACCCUGCUGAUGAGAUGUUGAAAGUGCAACAGUUUUUGGGGCUCAGACCUGUUAUAAACCACAAACAUUUUUACCUGAAAUCCAGGAAAGGAUUUCCUUGUAUCCUUAAACCUAACAGACAAAAAGGUAGCCACCCUCACUGCUUAGGUGAAACUAAAGGGCGUAUUCACCCCAUGAUUGAUCCUUCGGUGAUACGGAGGCUUAGGGAUUUUUAUAAGCCCUUCAAUAUAAAAUUUUAUCGCAUGGUUAAUCAAGAUUUUGGAUGGGUAUGAAAUGUCUAAAUAUAUGAUUUAUAGAGUGAAAAAAAUAUAAGCGAAUUUUUUAAACACAAAUUUACAGCUUCUUCCAUACAAAUAAGAAAUAAAGUAAAUUUUUAACAAUGGCUUCUAAA